AUGAAGAAGGAAAAUAUCUCUUCGCCAAAAGCCUUCAUUGCAAAGCAAGAUGAAUCUGAGAAAUAUGUGGAAGAAAAGGAAACAUUUGAAGAUAAAGGGAUAAAUGAUAAGGGUUUUAUGGCUCUCAUAAAAGAUACCUCUAAUAGUGUCUCAGGCAAGUGUAGCACUGAUAUAUCUCAAGCUGUCGAAGAAUCAAGCAGCGGUCGUGACUACGUGAAGCACCGAAGAUCCGAGAAGAACAACUUAUCCUUGGUGUACAAUGUUGCAUCCUCGGCUGUUCAUGACUUCUGCAGCAGCGAAGUCAUAGCGGCGUUGCUCGGACUCGACUGGCAGCGGCGACAGCAGCUUUGCUCGUUCAACUCUUCACAACCCCGUUCCCAAAAUCUCCAACUCGUUGAACUCUCCCUCGCCGACAGCAAACAUGAUGAAAGUCUAGUGUCGCUGUCAUCGCAUGCUAAUCGGAAACGGGAGUGA